AUAUGUAAAAAAAAAUAAAGUAGCAGCUAAAUAAAAAACAAAGGCGCAAAUCUUCAGACUAGAAUACUCUAAAUAUAUCCAUGCCUGACAGCAGGGUUGGUUGGUUCUAGCCGAAUUAUCUCUUACUAGAAGACACACACACACACACACACACAGAGAGAGGUCCCAGUUGCGUCUAAUCGGAUUAGGUGACUAUGGGUUAACAGGCUGGCGGCUCUCUCCGCCCUGCAUGGGACAAGUCUUGUGCGCAGUACUUUUACUUUCUGCUGAAAACAGCUUUUUUCAAAAAUACGCAGAUCCCAACCAGUCAUCUGUGUGCUCUCGAAAUAUAAGUUUGAAAAAGCGAGCUUUCGCUUUCAGGAGGAGCGACAGGAAAUCUAACUUCGAGGGACAUUUACCACCCACAUAUGCACCGCAACGUCAACUCAUCUCCGAAGAUGAUUAACGGCCAAUGCGCAACUUUUUUUUUUUCAAUUAGUGUAAUCUAAAUAAAAGCAAAUAUUUAGGACUUUGUUUAUUUAAGUUGUAGUGGACGACAUAAGUGACCUUUUUUUUUUUUUUGUUAUGCCCGCGCACCGUGUGCCAGCCUGCACUCCACCCAGCGGACAGUGCCCUGGGCUCCGGGGUUAGAUGGUGCUGAUCACGGACGACAGGGAUGGAGGGGGCGCCUCGUCGGUCCGCGUCAAGCAGCUUCAGCAGCAGAAAAAAGUUGGGGGAAACAUCGGCCAUGUCCACCCGACGAUAGCCGAGGAGCCUCUGUCCAACUCCGAGGAGGACUACCUGGGGUCCUGCGAGGAGGACGACGAAGGGAGCGAGGAAGAGAGCGAUGAGUUCGAGGAGGUUGACUUUGAGGAUUUGGAGGACUGUCGGAGCAUCGCGUCGGACGACUCUUUCUAUCCUCCGGACGAUGUGUUCGCGGACUCGGAGCGCACUCCAUCUCCGGAGAGCCCGGAGCCGCUGUCCUUCUUCAAGGCGUGCUGCACUAACAACGCGGCGAUUGUCCGGAUAAUGAUACGACACGGGGUGAAGGAAGAGGAGGUCAAGGAGGCUGACAGGAAUAACAGGAUAGGGCUGUUGGUGGCAUGUUACCAAGGUUUCGUAGACGUCGUCAUAGCACUGUCUCAGUGUCCGUACCUGGAUGUCAACUGGCAGGACAGCGAGGGAAACACGGCUCUCAUCACUGCAGCACAAGCAGGCCACAUAACUAUCACCAACUAUUUGCUAAACUACUAUUCUGGGCUGGACAUAGAAAGAAGAAACUGUCAUGGCUUUACUGCUCUGAUGAAAGCUUCCAUGCAGGGCAGGGUGGAAUGUGUGCGCUCGCUCAUGAUGGCAGGAGCUUCCCUGGAUGCAAGGGACUUUGGUCGGAACCUGACUGCAAGGGAAUGGGCCUUGUUCACAGGUCGUUAUGAAACUGCCUGGGUAAUGACACGUCUUAUGGAGCGGCCAUAUCCCUUUCAGUACCGUGAUACAUACAGUCUGGAGUGGCCCCCACUGGCAUCCCUGGUAGCCAGAGCCCGGGAGCCCCGUGGCUGUCUCAAGCGUCUAUCAGACACUCUGCGCAACGUCUUCAACAUCGCAAAUGUCACCAACCCUGAAGAUGAAGGCGUUAUUGACCACAUGGUGUCCGUUACUACUGCCAUGAGAUGCCCUUUUCUCGCUGUGGCGUGCCACACUGUGUGUCCUGACAGUCCUCCAAGUGUGGGCAAACGUCGUUAUGCAGUCCCAGAAAUUAUCCGCAAACAGCGUGCCAAAGAGCUCCUAUGCGCCAACCCCGAAAGGGUAGACAGCCACCUCAAACUUUUCCAAAACUCUCGGGUCACUUUGGUGGCAAAGAACUUUGAGGACCGCCGAUCGAGCCUUCAAGUCCAGAGAGUCAUGCCUCGAAAUAGGAGCUCCAGCCUGGGCACUGUGGCUCAUAACCAAGCUCUAGAGCUGCGAAGAACCAGCCUGCUGCCACUGCACAUGGUGCUGAGGAGGAGCAGCAUCAGGCCAGGCUUGAGCAUCCCCAAAGUGAGGAUUUCAAAGGCCCCCUUUUCCACCUAUGAACCGGAACAGAUUAGGAGAAAAAGCAGCGCCAAAGAUGGAGGAGGAAACUUGCUGCAGAUCCCAAAGUGGCGCUACAAGGAGCUAAAAGAAGAGAGAAGGAAGGCAGAGGAAGCUGAAAGGAAGAGGCUGGAGGCUGUUACUAGGAAACACAUUGCAGCAGGGAAAAGAAAUUAAUAUAGUUACCUCAGGGAACUUCUUUAUAAUCCUCACAACAACUACACCUGCACAGGUCAUGAAGACAGAAAGAUGUGGAUGGAAUAUUUCAGACCAAAUAGGUUAAAUAUAAAGAUGAUUUACUUAAACACUACUUUAAUAGCUUUGUUACGCAGUGGUCAGUCAGAGACUUACUCAGAGGAUCUGGCACUUUUUCUAUAUAAUUUAUUUUCUAAUAUUUAUUGCUUUUUAAUGGAUGGCCGACCCUUUAUUUUGUUGAGCUCCGACGCUCACUUCAGCACUUCACUUUUAGUUUUGUACACUGUACAACAGAAGACAUGAAGAGACAUUCUCUCCUACAGCGACAACAGGAGAGGCUCAUUCAUCUCCUUCUGCCUCGAAGGAGAAAUCAUCUAAAUGACAAUACUCUUGAAUCAUGUCUUUGAAACAUUUACUGAUAAGCGUCUCAUACUGGUUGAGAAAAUUAAACACAAACAUGGGCUCUAAAUGCAUUUGCAAUAUAUAUGCUUAUUGAUUUAAAGCCUUAGUCUGAAUGUAUUUUGAACACAUUAAUAUAUUUUGUACUAGAGAUUUGAUUGGUUUUUGAAGGUAUUUUUAUUCAAUGUGAACAUUGUUCUCCAUAGUUGUUUGUAAGCAACUGUGUUUUCUAGGUUAGACAUUCGAGUCCAAGGCAGAAAUAUAGAAAAAAUCUUUAAAACAAUAAGAUCAGAAGAAACAUUUAAAUAUUUCCCACUUGUUUACAGGACACAACCAAAUCUACGUUACUUUUAUAAACUAUUAUUCAAUGAGAGAAAAAUGUAUAUGAUAUAUGUAUACAGGGUAGGGAUGUUGUGAAAUAAACACUUUUGCUCACUGUAAUAUGUGUUGCGUUUAAAAGUAAAACGACGAAACGUUUAAUGUUGAUUAGAGUGUUAUUUUCCUUUAUAUAGCAAGAAAAACUUGCCUCAGUAAUACAGAGUAUCAGAAAGUACCAUACACUCAUCAUGGAAAUGAAUGUCAUUUUAAAUUUGGCCUUCUAAUGAUUCCUUUGAAUCGUUCUUUUUCCAGGGUGUAAUGAUGUUACAGCAUACAACUUCAAUGCAUUUUUUUAAAUGAUAAUUGGGAGCAUCAGUUUGUAUUUUUGCCGGACAUUCCCUAAUACAAACAGGUUUAAUUAUACAUACAAGCUCAGUUAUACACAUAUACCCCAACUAAAUGGUCUUUGGCUGCUUUCAUACAAACCAUGCACUUAUUGUAGUUAUUAACAAGUUUCUGGCAUAAUCCUGGGUGGAUAUUUAACUCUUCUUCAGUAGAAAUAAUAGAGUUUAUCUAAAAAUAUGUGUUGGUUUACUGGCACAGACUUGACCGUCAAGCAUAGUCCAUAAUCUUUCAAUUCAUUUGAGGUCAGGGGUUUACAGAAGCUUAACUUUUACUUGCUUUAUCUAUUUUGAAACUGGUUUAUUGUUUUGGGUCAUUGCCCUGUUAGAUCAACCAACUGUGUUCAAAUUUUAAUCUGUCCCUUGAAUUCAUGCGUCGUUGAAGAAUUAGGUGGUAGCCCUAAAUCUUCAUUAUUCCACACACUUUGUGCAAUGCACCAUGUCCAACUUGCAGCAAACCAGACCCUUAGCAUGAUGAUACCACCACUAUGCUUGACUGUUGGAACAUUGUUCUUAGGUUUGAAGCUUUAAGCUUCACCCUGACUCACUCAAACAUUCUUACUGUUAUUGUGACCAAAUAGCUCAACUUUUGUUUCCCCUGACAAUAAAAUCUUUCUCUAAAUGGCAAUUGGCUUGUUUAUGUGAGCAGCAACACAUUUUAGUUGAGCCUCAAUGUGUUGAUUUUUUAGCAGUGCUUCCAUCUUGGUUGACAGCCUCUCAAUCCAUGUUGAUGUAACACUGUAAAACCUUGCUGAAGAUUGAUGGUCUAUGCUUAAAGGUGGCAUCCAGACAAGGAAAUCAACCAAUUUAAAUGAGCUCUACAAUUCUUUAAAAGAAGAGUGGUCAAAGAUCCAGCCAGCAUGAUGCUAAGACCUUGUAUACGGCUCAGAAAAAGUAAGUUUUCUGGGCUAUUUAUUAAAGGGCUCUUAACCAAAUAUAGGCGAGGGUGUAUGUAUCUUUUGGAGCCCGUAUGUAUAAUUCUGAACCCAGGUGUAUAGGGGAAAAUCUGGAAAUGUUUUAAAAUUAAUGGCUGACUCUUUGUUAGUGUCAUCCUGAAUCAGCUGUUUCUAACAUAUGGAACUUCUGAUAUCAACCAGCCAAGCCAUUACACAGCAAGAAGUCAGUCUCCAGUUUGAACGUUAAAACAGAAUAAUGGGGCGAAAAUAAGCUUGAUUUAAACACACAGAGCCACAAGGAGAGCUGCAAUAUAACAUCGGCUGGAAUUUUAAGAGCACAAUUUCACGCUCCUUACUCCUCACGGCGAUUGUGGCUUAAGUGCCAUCCAAGAGCGUGUGUCUAAUAUACAUGGUGAUGAGUUGCUAUGGGGUUACAAGGGCUCUGCACAGCCAAAUGGUUCCAUCAAAUAAACUUCAUUGAAUCCAGAUUGGCAAUAUGCUUAGACACUUCCCAAAGGGAAUCAGCUGAACAUGACAAACAUUGAGCAGACAUUUCUUUUCAGAGCAUACAGGCUUAACAAAAUUUAUAAAAGAAAAUAUUAUAUACUGAAAUAUACACUCCAUGCUAAUAUGGCCAGUAAGCACAAGUUAUUAUGAGGCGUACAACAUUAACUGACAGUGAAGUGAAUUUGCAGAUGAACUCUGAUACGCUUAUUGUAAUUCAUCUGGUUUUUCUGUGACUUCCACUUUUCAUUUGAGCAGAAUGCAGAGAAAAAAAAAAAAAUCUUGACCGUGAUUCCCACGUUAGUGAAGCAAAACCUAUUAGCAGCUGAACGCAUUGGAUAAUAUUUAGGUCAUCAUGUCUCAAACAGCUGCUGGCUUAGGUUGCAUCCUGGGAUUAUAAGGCGUCACUGGCUUGGUCAGCGAUCCAUCUCCAGCUCUCCUCCCCCUCCCACUUCAACCCAAAUCUCCCAGUGAAAUUUAGACGUAGCAAAAUAACCUUCCUCUGAAUGUGUGACAGCUGUUAUGUCACACUGUGAUGAUUCAGGUUGGGGUUUAAACAGGGUGACCUGAUUCUACUGUAGUUGGACACAAACUCAGUGAUUUUGUCCAGGCUUUCAAACUCAAGGGGAAUCCUUUGCUGGGGCCCUCUGCUGGUGUGUUUUGGUAGAAGGCAAAAUGCUUCUUUUUUGGAUGUCAAGUACAAUCACAAGUGCUUUGCAAAUGUAUUCAUACCCUUUAUACGUUAUCACAGUUUCUCAUGUUACAACCACAUACAUCAUUGCAUUGUAUUGUGUACUUUUAUGUGAUUAAACCAAGACAAUAAUGUGCAUAAUUGUGGAGUGGAAGGAAAAAGGAUUCAGGCUUUUCAACCCUUUUUUAUACAAAAAAAAAAAAAAAAUGUGAAAAGUGUGUUAUGCAUAUAUAUUCAAACCAUUUACUCCGAUACUCUUAAAUGAAAUCCAGUCUAAGCACAACUGCCUUCAGAGGUCACCUAAAUAGUAAAUGGAGUCUACCUGUGUGUAAUUCAACCUUACUAUAGACCUGGCUGUUAGGUAAAGAUUUCAGAGCUUAGUGAACACGGAUCAAGGAACAUAACAGACAAAUUGAUGUCAAAGAUGUGGAGAAAUUUCAGAAAGUCAUGUUUCCAGUUUGCCUAAAGCCAUGUAGGAGGCACAUCAUACAUGUGGAAGAAGGGCCUCUAGUCAGAUGAGUUUUAUGUGUACACGUAAAAUGUUAUGUGUGGUGAAAAACUAGCACUUCAAAUUAGGCCAAUCACACUAUCCACAACAAUUAACAUGAUAGUUGCAUCCUAAUACUAUGGGCAUACGUUUCUAUAACAGAAAUAUGGAACCUGGUCAGAGUUGAUGGAUGGAGCUAAAUGGAGGAAAAUCCCAGAAGGAAACCUGUUAGAGGAAACUUAGGACUUUAGACUAGGGUGGUGGUUGACUUUCCAGCAGAACAUCCCUAAACAUACAGACACAACAUAACAGUUACAAUAUAACAAUAUGAUGGUUUAGAUCAAAACACAUUCAUGUGUUAGCAUGGCCAAGUCAAAGUCCAGACAUAAAUCCAAUUAAGAACUUGUAGUAAGUCUUGAGAAUAGCUUUUUCCACAUUCUGAGCAUCCAAACUGAAACUCAGCAACUUUAGAAAGAUGGACAUAACCUUUCGUCUCUAGAUGUGCAAAGCUGGCUGAGAUAUACCGCAAAUGACUUAAAGCUGUAACUGCAGCAAAACGUAGCUCUAUAAAGUAUUGCUUUAAGAAUUGGUUUGCAAGAAACUGUGUACGUGUUUUUUUUUUAAAGAGGCUGCCUUUCAAAUAAAUAUUUCUGAGAAAAGCUUUUCCUGUGAUUAUAAAACAAUUGCUGUCAAUUUAAAUAUGUUCCUCUAUAUAUAUAUAUAUAAAAUUGAUCAUUUAUCAAAAAUAAAUGGUAAAUUCAUACUUAAAUUAAUAACUUUUGUAAAAAAUGCUUUACUUUAGCAAAAACCAUAUUAAUUACAUCACCCUGCUGAGGUCGGGAAGGUGGCUAAAUAAUUACUGCAAUGCAAUCAAAGAUGAAUUAGAUGUUUCCUAAUGAAUUACAGUAUGAAUACAUGAUUAACUUACAAUGCAAUCAGCAUACAAAAUAGCGGAUAUAAAAUGUGUGCAUUAAAAGAAAUGUAGGCCGUGCUGAUAAAAAGUGAAGGACACUUGGAUGAGAGCAGCUCUCAUACUCAAAGGAAAAUCUUCCCCUUUGAGUUUAAGAAGAUACAAAUCCAGCUUUGCACCUUCUGAAAGGACUGCACUGCUCCAGGUGCUGCAGCACUGGCCUCAGGCUGGGAAUAAUGUUUCUGAAGGUUCAGGUAAAACUGGAGCCAAAACGUCAUGGUAACUUUGACAUUUUACCCCAGGUGCCUUAUCAAAGUAACCGCAAGCACAUUCAAGAAGAAAAAAAAAAAGGCCUGACUCGACUGAAUAUCUUUGCUUUCACCUCUGCCAGCUGACUGAGUAAACUAAAGCACUGGUGGACAGUAUCCUGUCCAGAAAGGAGCAGGCUGGACUAGCUGAAGCCAGUUUUAAUGUUCCUGAGGAACACAUGGCCAGCAGCUGGUGGUGUAGACCCUGGACUAAUGUAAUAAAGUGGCUCUAUCUCAAAAUGACUUGGUGCCGAGGCUAAUUUGGAUUACAUUUUAACUUUUUUAUAGCUUUUAUGGUGUUGGAGGGAAAACGUGUCCGACUGACAAAACCUGUUUUUCUGCUGACACGUUAUUAAACAAUUUCACACGAGAAAGACCUUAUAUUUAUUGGUACUAUAAAAUUCAACUGUUUUGAAAGGAUUUCAGUAGCUUUCUAUAGAACAGAUGUAUAUAUCAUGUAAAAACCCCAAAUUAGGCAUACAUGUUUAAAUUCAAUUUACUGCCUCUGUUUUGUGCACAUGUAUAGUGAGUGAUGUGGAACAUAAAACUUUGCAUGCCUGUCUUCAUCCGACUCUUUCCUUCCAGUCUGUGUAAUAAGGCCUGACAGAGGAUGAGACAGUCAAGGAGAUUGUGUUUGGUUUAUUGGGGAGUUUCAGGGUGCAGACUGAGGCUCGCCCCAGCUAAGCCUGCACUGGCUGCUUUAUUGGCCUAACAUAAGCUGACAGAACACCUGGUUGCAGAUGCUUGUGUAAAGAUGGAUUACAUGCACCAACACCUGGUACACUGUGUGUGUGUGUGUGUGUGCGGAGCGAGAAACAGCUCCAGGAGAGAUGAUUCUGUUUCAUUUCACAGCACCAUCUGAGCCCUAAUCCCCCAGCGCAGGGUGCUAAUUCACCACAGGAUGCCCGGAUGCUCCAGGUGAGAAACCUGAGAUGAUACAUCAAGUAGGACUUGGUAGAGUGGUCCAACACUAUCCAAAAUCAGGAUUUUUUUAAUGGGUGAAAUUUUACAAACUGGGCCUGAUUUAAGUAAAGUUUUCUCCACAUUACAGAUAAAUAACAAGCAGAAAAAGGUCUCAUUCAACAUAUUCUAAACCUUUAUUUACUACAACAACCACACCUAAUACCCAAGUCCACUUCAAUGACUCAAGAUUUUAACAUUUAUUGAUUCAUUAAAAAAAAAAAAAAAAAAAAGAAGCACAGAACAAAAAUGAAACCUUU